AUGGCAGAAAUGGAAUUUGGUUGGAAAUUUGCUCAAUGCUUCGGUGACAAGGGCGAGGUCGAGGACAUUACAGAAGAUUCUGUAGAUCUGACAACUAUAUUUCCCUAUGCAGCUGACAUUAUCUCGACCGUAGAAUUUGACCACACUGGUGAUUAUCUUGCCACUGGUGAUAAAGGAGGACGAGUUGUAUUAUUUGAACGUAAUGAUGGGAAAAAAGGUUGCGAAUACAAAUUUUAUACUGAAUUUCAAUCGCACGAACCAGAAUUCGAUUAUUUGAAGAGUUUGGAAAUCGAAGAAAAAAUCAACAAGAUCAAAUGGUGUAAACGACAGAAUGCCGCACAUUUUUUAUUGUCCACUAAUGAUAAAACUAUCAAACUUUGGAAAGUCUUUGAAAAAUCUUUGAAAGUUGUGGCGGAAAACAAUUUAAGUGAUGGAUUACGGCCUCAAAACGGAAGAAUCCAACAAUUGAGGUUACCAAAACUUACACACCACGAUACAAUUAUUGCAGCCGUACCUCGUAAAGUAUAUGCUAAUGCUCACGCAUAUCAUAUUAAUUCUAUAUCCAUUAACUCUGAUGGAGAAACAUACAUAUCUGCUGAUGAUCUAAGGAUUAAUCUUUGGAAUUUGAAUAUUAGUGAUCAAAGUUUUAACAUUGUUGACAUUAAGCCAGUAAAUAUGGAAGAACUUACCGAGGUUAUUACUGCUGCUGAAUUCCACCCAUCUCAUUGUAAUCUUUUCAUGUAUAGUAGUAGUAAAGGAACUAUAAAAUUGAGUGAUAUGAGAACAGCGGCUUUGUGCGACCAACAUUCUAAAAUGUUCGAAGAACAAGAAGAUCCGGCCAACAAGUCGUUUUUCUCGGAAAUUAUUUCGUCCAUUUCUGAUGUGAAAUUUAGUAGAGAUGGACGGUACAUUCUUUCGCGCGACUAUUUGACUCUUAAGAUUUGGGACAUAAACAUGGAAACUCGACCACUGAAAACAAUUAAUAUUCACGAUCAUUUGCGAAACAAGCUUUGUGAUCUAUAUGAAAAUGAUUGUAUUUUCGACAAAUUUGAAUGUACAUUCAGUGGAGAUGGCCAAAAUGUUUUAACCGGAUCAUAUAAUAAUUAUUUUCAUAUUUAUGAUCGAGAAGGUUUAACCGAUAUUGCCCUGCAAGCGGAUAAGAGUGCAUUUAAGGCUAAACGUGUUGGAGCGUCAAGUAAAAGCAAGAUGCUUGCACGAACGAAGAGCAAUAAGAAAGAAGAAAUUAAUGUAGACGCUAUUGAUUUUAAUAAGAAGAUUCUCCACGCUUCGUGGCAUCCAAAUGAAAAUUCGAUCGCUGUGGCUGCCACUAAUAAUCUAUUCAUCUUUACGUGCGUAUGA